AUGCCUUUUUUUGCAGAUCCACACGCCUUUCACCGACACUUUCAUCUGGUCAACCAGGUGGACUUGGAGACUGUUCUCCAAGCAGCGGUUUUUGUAAAUGACAAGGAUGGUCAAGUCAGAGCCACUCACAAAAUCUUAGGGUACGAUCCUAUCCAGAAGUCAUUUGUCGCCCCAAAGCACGUGAUUAGAGCUAACAAUCCUCGGCUUCAGAAAAUCACUGUAGUCGAGCACGGGUUUUUGAUCUCUGAAGAAUCUCCUAUCCCGGAGGGCAUCCCGUUGGCGAGCUCUUCCCCGUCUCACCAAGCAGCGGAGGACGAAGGUGAUUUGGGUCUGUCCGAGGAGGGAUUCGGGGUAUUUGACCAAGCUGACCCAUCCGAGGAUCCUUCCGGUGAUCUGGGUGACCCUGACUUGUCUGAAGCGGAACUGUUGUCAAUGGGAACCUCUUCUCGGGCAAAGAUGGGCCUUAAGAGAAAGCCCCCGACCAGCUUGUUCGACCUCAUUGAGGGUCAGCCGGGGAAGGGUGCACAGGGAAAGUCGCAAUCCAAUGUUCCAACUUCCCCACCCCAGAUCCAGCCUGUCAAGAAUAGGUCUUCUCCUUCCAGGUCGCAGCCACAAUCUCCCCGCCCCAAACUUCCUGCUCCUCCCCAAUCAGCUCUGCCUCCUCGGCCUAAGCCCACCGGCCCAAAGAGAAAGAGGAGUCCCAAAGGUAAGGAACCAAUGAAUGGGGGGAAAUCCCAAUCCUCUCAAGAGGAGGACGAAGCCCCGCGAGCUCAAAAACAGUUAAAGAUCGGGCAUCAAGGCCAGGGGAAAGGGAUCGAUGCCCAAUCUACGUCGAGUGCUUGGCUUCCUGCCCCAAUGCUCCACAGGGAGCCAUUGAUGGAAGAUGUAUCCAUGAGGAACCUUAGAGACGGCGAAGGCACUUAUGUGGCCGACGCGUUAAAGAGUGCCCUGCUGCUUCCCACUGAUAUGGAAAAGAUGAAGAAUAUGAGGAUGCAGGAGAUUUUCCUCAGCGUGAAGAGGUACCUAGGUAUGGCUGUCCAGACCACCUAUAGGAUGGAGGAAGAAGCUAAGGGGCAGAGUAAGAUCGCAGAGCUUGAGCGCAAUAAACGUAUAGAGGCUGCGCGAACCCUCAAAAAUUCCGAAGCUGGCCUCGCGAAGGCCAGAGAGGACUUAAAGGAGGUAACUAAAGCCAGGGAUAGUGCUGAGGCAGGUUUAACUGGUGCCCAAAAACAGGCCGAGGAACAGACGAGGCGCCUACUUGCUACUGAGGAGCAAUUGGAGAUUGCCAAAGAGCAGAUCAGUGAUUUAAAGAAGAAACUGAUCGAGGCAGACAAUGCUAAGGGCAUGGCGGAAUGGGCCAGGGAUGAAGCCGUGAGGGCCAAGACAGAGGCUGAGUUUGCUAAGACUGAGGCCGAAACUAACAAGGACUAG